CCGGUCGACUCCAACAUUAGCAAAUCAUACUAUUCGCCAAUCAACCAGAGAAGAAGAAGAAAAGACGGAGUUGUCAUAGAAAAAUAGCAUAUAACUUUGUUUCAAAAUGACAGACUACAUCGAAGUUGGCCUUAGCUGGCUGCUAUCAUCCUCCAAAGCCCACGAUGCUAAAGGCUUCAUCAAGCUCCCUGUGUUUGCUGGACACCCUCAAGCAACUUUUACGGUGACUUCGCCGGACUGCGGUGCUGAGGGAUCUACCAUGGGCCCAGAGUACAUGUUUGGCGGCGAGGGCAAGUUCCCCGAACUGGACUGGAGCGAUGCAGUGGCAUCAGUGCCCGAGGUGAAGGAAUGGCUGCUCGUGUCGGAAGAUCCAGAUGCGCCGCUGCCCACACCAAUCUGCCAUGGAAUCUACAUGGGCAUCCCCAAAGAUAAAACAAGUGUUGUUCAUACAGACUUUACCGGAGUGGAAGACAACUUGCUCCAAGGCGGGUUUCGAUAUGGCGAAAACAGAAGAGGUACUGUGUAUAUCCCUCCGCGGCCAUUGCUGAACCAUGGCACACAUCGCUACUUGUACUUUGUCAUUGCACUUAGCGAACCUCUUAGCGAGGAGCUGAAGGCGACAAAGGCGUCACGUAAAGAGGUUGCCGCAGCGAUUGAGGGCAAAGUGCUUGGCUGGGGAUCAUGGAUGGGUCAGUGUGAGAGGAAGUGGAAAUAAUGAGAAAGGAGGAUUUUUUUUUACAGAGGACUAUUAAUAGUGAGUGUUUAGAUAUAUAUGUUAGCUGUUGACCAAUGUGGCUGGCUGGCUUGCGGGCUGGUUGGUUGGCAUGUAGAGAGGCGAAUAUGAGAUUAUACUAGCAGCCGAUAUGUGAUUUGCAAUAUACAUAU